GCUAAAAGGCGCCCUCUGGUGGCGCAGUGUGCCAUCGCUCCACGAAAACGCCUCCUCUCCCUUUUCCUUUAUCCAGCAUUCGCGUGCAAUCAGAUGUUGUGACACGAGACGUGAGGAUAUGAGGACUACUCGACGUUUUAAUGUAUGCGGUGGUUGAUGCUUCGACUGGGCGGUUUGACACGGACUCCUUCCAUCUGGGUUGGAUGCUGAGAUGCUGCUGACGGGCUGAGCCUCUUGACUGGACUCCCUAUCCGUCGGAGGGGAACCAAGAAAGACGAUCGUAUCCUUCGAUUUAUAGCAGCAGGCUGCGUUUUUGACUUAUUGCUGCGCGCAGGGGAGCGGCCACGGAACGCGUGAACGAACGGCGACAUGUUCUGAACGUAGAGGCCGGCGAGUGGUGUCGGCGGCGGGAUGAAGGCGGCGAGGAGACCGAGGCAGAAACUGCUUGUCCCCCGGCUCUGCGUCAGUGGACUCGGUCUGCUCGCAGCUGUCUGGGUGUUGCAUCUUAAUGAUGUAGCAGUUACAGGUGCUUGCAACUAUGGUAGAAACUCUGGAGAUGUUGAAAUCUUCUUAUCCAAAAAAGAGGUCAUCAUCCAGAAAGAUGACAACAAUCAAUCCUCAGACUCAUUCUCCAAAUCUGCCAUCAGCGAGUUUCCAGAAGACAUUUUUACUCUGGAGCAGCGGAGACAGGGAGCUGUCGUCUUUCACGUGCUCUGUGCGAUCUACAUGUUUCACGCACUAGCCAUUGUGUGUGAUGUUUAUUUCGUGCCAUCACUGGAAAAAGUCUCAGAGAACCUGCAACUCAGCCAGGAUGUGGCCGGGGCAACCUUCAUGGCCGCCGGGAGCUCUGCCCCUGAACUCUUCACAUCUUUGAUUGGAGUGUUUGUCACAAAAGGAGAUGUUGGUGUUGGAACAAUUGUGGGUUCGGCAGUCUUUAACAUCCUGGUCAUCAUUGGUCUCUGUGGCAUCUUUGCAGGACAGCCAAUCUCUCUGAGCUGGUGGCCGUUGUUUCGCGAUGCUGUCUUCUACAUCUUGUCCAUCAUUGUGCUCAUUGCGGUGAUCUACGACGAAAAAGUCCAGUGGUGGGAGACCAUAAUACUGAUCUCCAUGUAUGCAAUGUAUAUAAUCAUUAUGAAGUUCAAUAGCUGUCUUUGCAGCCUGGUUGAAAGAUUUUGCAACCAGGCAGGUCAGCCGUGUUUGAGCGGUCUGCGACGUGCAACGGCGGUGGGGAAUACCGGCGACUGUGAUGCAGACAUUGUGCCGCUUAAGUCGGACUCGUGUGCUGUGGUCGGUCAGGACUCGGGGGUGGUGAGGGUGGAUGAGCUGCUCAACCUGCAUCCGCACCAGCUCACCUUCUCAGAGGCAAGCCUCCGCCUUCUCAUCACCGCGCAUUUCCCCCCCUACACCCGCCUGCGCAUGGCGGGGCGCACGCUCAUCAACGAGAGGCAGAGACUGAUCCGAGCUCAGGUCGGGGCCAAAGACGGCAACGCCUCAGCGGACGACGGUUGCGGUGCCGGCGGGUCACGGGGGAGAGAGAACGGGUCAGUUUCCGAGGCGGAAUGUCAGCAUUUAGACGUGGGGAGGGGAGAGGGAAAGGACAGCGGUGAAGCGGUCGCAGGCGCUGCUCAAGUCAAAGAGGAUGAGGAGGAGGAAGAGCAAGAGGGGGAGGAGGAAGAGAGUGAACCCUUCAAACCCUUCAUCAUACCAGAUGGGCCGUGUGUGCGUGUUAAGUGGCUGCUCUCCUGGCCGCUGAGCCUCUUGCUUCACUGCACGGUGCCCGACUGCAACCUUCCGCAGUGGGAACGCUGGUACCUGCUCACCUUCCUGGCUUCCACCCUCUGGAUCGCCCUCUUCUCCUACCUCAUGGUCUGGAUGGUAACCAUCAUCAGCUACACACUCGGAAUUCCAGACGUCAUCAUGGGUAUUACCUUCCUGGCAGCCGGCACCAGCGUACCUGACUGCAUGGCCAGCCUCAUCGUUGCCCGACGAGGCUUGGGCGACAUGGCCGUGUCCAACUCCAUUGGAAGUAAUAUCUUUGAUGUGCUGCUGGGCUUGGGUUUCCCCUGGGCACUGAGGACACUCAUUGUCAGCCAUGGCACAGUGGUAACAAUCAACAGCAAGGGCCUGGUCUACUCCGUUAUCCUGCUCUUGGCCUCAGUUACACUCACUGUCCUGUGCAUCCAUCUAAACCGCUGGAAGUUGGACCGCAAGCUGGGCCUCUGGCUUAUGCUGCUCUACGCCAUCUUCCUCUUCUGCUCCAUCAGCUUCGAGAGGCUGUAGACUGGAGGACACAAACACGCUUUUUUUCCCCCUCACUGGAAUGAAUUUCACGCCUCAUGCCUAAAGAGCUCCCUUUUGAUAAACAAGUAUUUUACAUGGUUUUGUAACGCCACAUCUGCACCUCGGCCACAGAUGGCAGAUAAUAAUUCAGUUUGUAUUCGACCUACUGUACUUUGUAAUGUGAAAAAAACUUCAUUAUUAUUUCACCACUGCCAACUUUAUGGGAGAUUACAUGCUAUGUAGUUGCUUCUUGUUUACAUUUUUUUAAUGCAGUUUUAUCAUGCCUUUGAUGUGUGGUGGUUGUAAAUGACUGGCUGAUCAUGUGCUAGCGAUUGGUGUGUUGGUUAUGUUCACAAGCAGAUUUUGUGCUUGGAAAAAGACAAAAACUUGUUUUGUUUCUGGAUGUCUGUGCCAGGCGGGUGCACUUGGCUGUGUUGUUAAUUAAAAUGCUGCAUUAUGUGAAAACAGUGA